UACGGAGGCUGAAAUGGUGGCGUCGGGGUUAACUUAUCGUUAUCGCCUGGCUAGCCUUGUCUCGACAUCAGAGCUCACCCAGAGAGGUCCAUCAACCGCGUCUGGUACCUCGUUCAUAUUGCUUUCAGUUGAACUCCUUCCAAAUCUCAAUUACACAAACAUUUGCUACAUCGAUACGCCGUCUUUAAGCGCCGAAAACGGCAAUAUACGCGAUAGAGUCCCCUCCAAACGCCAUAUCUCCCAACGACAACCUGGUGUAAGGUAGAUGCGUCCUUCCGAGGGCAUCUCUACCGACAGUACUUCCGACCGCCCUGUAUCAGCAAAACGAAGAAUCGCAGACACUCUCAGAACCGGAGUAGCUACGGCUGCAUCCAUGCCAGGCGGAGAUAAACCAAGCUCAUGGUCCGAGGUCAAACGACAGAGGACUAUCGAGUCGACAAUUGCCGGGCAUCCGAAAGGAAAGAUGUCGGAAACAGUUGGCCUCAUGGCUCCUUCCAAUGUUGAUUUCCGUCGAACUGUUGGAUUCCAGCCGCAAACAGGAGUCAGGAAACUGGUGGUCAAGAAUCUGAGACCAAGCCGGGUUGCAGAUCUUCGCGAGCACUAUAGAAAGGUUCAGGUCCAGGUCCUGGAGGCCGUUACGACGAUACUGGAGGAUCAGCAACCACGACAGCCGCUGGAACGUUUAUAUCGUGAUGUGGAAGAUAUCUGCAGGAAUAAUCAAGCUGAAAGUCUAUAUAAGGAGCUUCGCCAGCGAACUAGUGAUUAUCUUGCAUCCAGUGUCCGGGGAAGUCUCCAGAAGGCAGAUAACAGCAAUGAUCCGCUGCAAUUCCUCGAGGCGCUGCUGGAUGCGUGGAAGGAUUGGAAUGCAAAGGCUAUGCGCAUAAGAGCCAUUUUUGGAUUCCUUGAUCGCUCAUUUCUGCUCAAUUCAAAGGAAUAUCCGCAACUGAACGAUAUGUCCAUCCAGCAAUUCCGAUCCGUAAUACUGGAGAACCCUCCUAUUGAUGGGCAUGUCUACGACGCAACGAACAAAAUGAUUAAUAAUGAUAGAAAGCAUGGAGGGCAAGACCAGGCCAGGUGGUUCAAAUCUCCUUUGUUCAAGGAUAUCAUAAUGAUGUUGCUUAUUACGAAUCUUUAUAAAGCACGCUUUGAGCCAAAGUUUCUCGAAUAUUCGCGGCAGUUUUUCUCGAAAUUUUCGCUGAUCGACGCUGAUCUGAAAAAUGUGAUAUCCCAGUGUGUCAAGUUAUUAGAAAAAGAAGGGGUGCGAUGCGACAUACACAACUUGGAUAGUGGAACGAAACGGGAAUUGCUGUCAGAUGCGCAAGAUAUCCUAAUCAGAGACCGUUCCGAGUUCCUACUUGAUGUUCACGCGGUUGGUACGUUACUGGAAGCGCGCGAUAUCGAGUCAUUAAAGUCGUUAUAUGGCCUAUUGAAGGGCUCCGAGAUUCAGGAUAAGUUGAAGGUACCAUGGGAAGAGUAUAUAAAGAAAGCCGGAGCUGCGAUUGUCAGCGGUCAAGGAAAGGGUGAUGAUAUGGUGGUUCGUCUACUCGAACUGAAGAGAUCAUUGGACCUCAUCACCCGAGACGCGUUCAACAAGGACGAGAUCUUCAAAUUUUCCAUGCGAGAGGCUUAUAGCACUUUUAUCAACGACCGAAAGAGCGCGACGGUUUGGGGAACGGGGAACUCGAAGGUCGGCGAGGUCAUUGCGAAAUACAUCGACUUACUCCUACGUGGCGGUCUCAAGGCUGUUCCUCGAUCCUUGGCAUCAGACGAAUUGGACCGGAUGGAUGCUGAAAAGCAGGGCUUGGCAAGCACCGGCGAUGAAGAUGCCGAGCUUGACCGGCAGUUGGAACAAGGCCUCGAGCUCUUUCGGUUCAUUGAAGGCAAAGACGUGUUUGAGGCAUUCUAUAAGAAAGACCUGGCCCGCCGUCUGUUAAUGGCAAGGAGCGCGAGUCAAGAUGCUGAGCGGAACAUGCUCACAAAACUGAAAAGCGAAUGUGGCUCGAAUUUUACCCAUAAUCUAGAGCAGAUGUUCAAAGAUCAAGAGUUGUCGCGGGAUGAGAUGAUAUCAUACAAGCAAUCCUUGAGAAACACCAGCAAGACGACCAUGGACUUGCAAGUCAGCGUCCUCUCGGCCGCAGCUUGGCCCACCUACCCGGACAUUGCCAUUAACCUCCCCGCCGAAGUCGCGCGCCACAUAGAGAAAUUUGACCGCCAUUACAAGAACAAGCAUACUGGGCGCAGGUUGACGUGGAAGCACUCCUUGGCGCACAGUAUAGUGAAAGGUCACUUCAAGAAAGGUGUCAAGGAGCUGCAAGUGUCCGGCUUCCAGGCCGUUGUCCUCGUCCUCUUCAACGACCUUGCUGAUGACGAGGCACUCUCCUACACCGCCCUUCAAGCUAGCACCAGCCUCAUUGACGCCGAGCUCACGCGCACCAUGCAGUCUCUCGCCUGCGGCAAAGUGCGGAUCCUGACGAAGCACCCCAAGGGCCGAGAAGUGGCAAAGACAGACACGUUUACCGUCAACUUGGCGUUCACGGACCCGAAGUUUAGGAUCAAGAUUAACCAGAUCCAGCUCAAGGAGACCACGGCAGAGAACAAGGAGACCCACGAGCGCGUGGCGCUGGAUAGGCAGUAUGAGACACAAGCGGCGAUUGUGCGGAUCAUGAAGAGCCGGAAGGUGUUGCCGCAUCAGGGGCUCGUGGCGGAGGUGAUUGAGCAGACGAAGAUGAGGGGCGCUGUUGAGGUGGGGGAGAUUAAGAAGAAUAUUGAGAAGCUUAUUGAGAAGGAUUAUAUUGAGAGAGAUGAGGGUAAUUACACGUACUUGGCAUGAUGAAAAGUAUGUAGGCCUUUGUUGGCGGCGCUUGGGCGAACUGGGGAAUUAUGAAUCUUACAUGAUGGAUAUGGGCGAUACAGGAUAAACGAGUCACGGGUAUUGAUAGAAGAAUAGAUGAACCGAUGGAGAAUGUGUCGACUGGCGGUCUACGCUCGAUUCGUAUAUCACCAGCUGACUUCGCUUGAUCGGUGCUGUUGUUUUUCCAAAAGGGGGGAGAAUUUAGUUUGGAUAAUACAGAGGAUGUAGUAGUUGUAUGCGCUGGAGGCAACGGUGCCCUUGACGUUCUUGAACGUGAUGCCAGAGAUAUCGACGCCGUUUGUGGGUACACCAGUUGGGCCACCGUUGAGGUAGUCCUGCUGCACGUCGAUGCCGUACUUGGCGAUUCCCUUGAGCGUUAUGCCGCUGUAUACAACGUUCUUGACCUAUUGAUAUGUUAAUAUCUGUAAGACUGGGGGGUAUAUAUAAUGUUUGGGAGGCUUACAGUGCCGGUGGUGCCGGAGUUGGUCUUGAUGCGGCAUCCGUUCUCGCUGUUGGAGAUAAUCGAGUUGGAGAACGUAACACCGUCGACGACGUUGUUGCUCUUGCUCCAAUAGAACCGAUGCUGAGUCCGUGGCCGCCAAUGCAGGUCAUACCCGUAACGAGGAUGUUAGUGCCGCUAGUCACAGCGACGCAGUCAUCCUGGUUGUUGACGACCGAGUUUUCGAGCGUCAGCCCUCUGGUGGAGGAUAUGUCGAAGCCGUCCGAGUUGUGAGCGGCAGCCAGACCGUUACUGGCGGAGUUAGGCGCGUUUCCGGCAGAGUUGUCUAGAUUGAUGUUGGAAAGGGUGAGGCCGCUGCCGCCGGAGAUGGUGAAGCAGUGGACAGGCCAGUUCUGGAUGUUUAGGUUGGAGAUGACAGAGUCAACGGUGUUCUUGACCACGACGAAGUGGUUGGGCCUGUUGGACUAGUUGAUAUUCUGGAGAUGAGGGUACCACAGCUUACUCCGCAACACCUCCAUUUGAUCCCAGGCCAUCCCAGUAAGCUUGUCCGUUUCCAUCAAUGACAUGGCCUGCUGCUCCGGUGAUGGUAAAUUUGGUGCCCCCGAUAGUAAUGGGGUCAAAACUACUGACUGGGGUUUUCUCGAAAGUCUAAUGGGCCAAUGGUCAGAGUCUGUAUAACGGACGCUUCAGGUUUUGUUAUAUACACACAGUUUUGCCAACGAAGAUGACUUUAGCGCCAGUCUUCAACUUGGAGAGAUCAAUCGCGCUUGAGGCCGGAGCUACAAUGUUCGACAAUACAAUUUCUGUGCAUGAUGCAACAGCAGAAGAAAUUGAUACAUAUUUGGUGACAGUACAGGGAGUACCAGCGCUGGCUCCCAGUGCAAGGGGGAUAACAGCGAAGAUGGAGUACUUCAUGAUGAACAAAGUUUGAGGAUGUGAAAGAGAGGGAAAGCUGCUGCGAUGUAAUGAAGAACAGAACGAAGA